AUGAGAAGUUCAAUUUUAGUGACAUUGGUAACGCUUUUGGUUACUUUAGUUCAAAGUAUUUCUAAUGAUGAAUUGUUGAAGUUAUCUAAGCAAAAUUCGAAUCGUAUCAUUGAAUUGAAUGAUAUAAAUCAUAAACAAUUACUAGGUUCUAAUAGAGAUUCGUUUUUAGUUGUGUUAUUAACUGCAACUGCUCCAGAGGUCAAAUGUCAUGUUUGUAUAGAUUUUGAUCCAUCUUUCGAAACUAUUGCUACUUCUUGGUUUAAAGAUCAUCCAAAUGGUCAAUCGAAUUCUGGUGAAAAAUCUUCGAUGUUCUUCUUGAGGGCAGACGUCAAGGAAACAAAGAAUAUUCCAAAAGUUUUCAAAUAUUAUAAGAUUGAGCAUGUUCCUCGUGUCUUUUUGUUCUACCCAGGUGGAGAUAUUGAUACUUACAGCAUCAUUGAAUUGGGUAAUGAUGCAGGUAUUGAACGUGUAAAGAAAGCUUUGGCUAGAGUACAGCAAUUAACUUCAAUUACUGAUAUUAAAUAUUAUGAACCAUUCGAUAUGACUUCAAGUGCCUUAAGUGCUUUCACCGUAUUCUGUGUCGUCUUUCUCAUCAAGAAGUAUAGAUCAUUUGUCAAAAAAUUAUUCUUCCAAAGAUUCAUAUGGGGAAUUGCUACUGUUUCAUUUAUCAUUCUAAUGUUAGGUGGUCAUAUGUUUAAUAAUAUUAAAAAAGUAAGAUAUGCUGGUGUAGAUAAUGAUGGUGCUAUCCUCUAUUUCCUACCUGGUCAGUUACAGUCUCAAUUUUCUAUUGAAACCCAAAUUAUCGCUGUUAUAUAUGGUAUCUUAGCCAUAUCAGUAACCUCUUUAACAAUUGGUAUCCCAGCAGCUAAAAAAUUCUUGAAGAAUGAAAAGAACUCAAAACCUUUAAUUGCUGUUUUACCUAUUUUACUGGCUCUAUUAACCUACAUUGCAUUUUCUGGUUUGGUUAGUGUCUACAAGAUUAAGCAACCAUCUUAUCCUUUUGGUUUGGUGAAAUUGUCAUCAUUCUUUUCUUAA